CCCCGGCCGAGGGCCUGAGCGGCGCGGGCUGGGAGGCCGGGGCCUUCCGGGGCGCACGGGGGCGGGGCCGACCACCUGUGCGCACCGCCCCGGGAGGCGGGGCCGCCCGCCAGCCCCGGUUCCAGCCGCGGCCGUCGCCGGGGAGGCCGUGCAGUCCCGCGCCCGCGGAGCGUGCUCGCCAUGAAGCCCAACUUCACUCUGCGACUGAGGAUCUUUAACCUCAACUGCUGGGCCAUUCCCUACCUGAGCAAGCGCCGGGCCGACCGCAUGAAGCGCCUGGGAGACUUUCUCAACAUGGAGAGCUUCGACCUAGCUCUCCUGGAAGAGGUGUGGAGUGAGCAGGACUUCCAGCACCUGAGACAGAAGCUGUUGCCCACCUACCCAGCUGCCCACUACUUCAGGAGUGGUAUCAUUGGCAGUGGCCUCUGCGUCUUCUCCAAACAUCCUAUCCAGGAAUUCACCCAGCACGUCUACACCCUCAACGGGUACCCCUACAUGAUCCAUCAUGGAGACUGGUUCUGCGGGAAGGCUGUGGGGCUACUGGUGCUCCAUCUAAGUGGACUGGUGCUCAAUGUCUACGUGACCCAUCUCCAUGCCGAGUACAGUCGACAGAAGGACAUCUACCUAACACACCGUGUGGCCCAAGCUUGGGAACUGGCCCAGUUCAUCCACCACACAUCCAAGAAGGCCGAUGUGGUUCUGUUGUGUGGGGACCUCAACUUACACCCAAAGGACCUGGGCUGCCGCCUGCUGAAGGAGUGGACGGGGCUGCAUGAUGCCUACCUGGAGACCCGGGACUUCAAGGGCUCUGAGGAGGGCUGUACCAUGGUACCUGAGAACUGCUACGUCAACCAGCGGGAACUAGAGCCAUUUCCGCUUGGCAUCCGCAUUGACUAUGUGCUGUAUAAGGCGGUUUCUGGCUUCUACAUCUCCUGUAAGACUCUUAGAACCACUACAGGCCAUGAUCCUCACAGUGGCAGCCCCCUCUCUGAUCACGAGGCCCUGAUGGCUACUCUGUGUGUGAGACACAGCCCCCCGCAGCAUACCCCCAGCCCUACUCAUGGACCAGAAGGGUCACAGUUGAUCAGUGUAUUAAAGGAGGCCUGGAGAGAGCUGGACCUGGGCGUGGCUCAAGCCCACUGGUGGGCCACCUUCGCCGGCUACGUGAUUGGUCUAGGGCUGCUUCUCCUGGCCUUGCUGUGUGCCUUGGCAGCUGGAGGAGGCGUCAGGGAAGUUGCCAUACUACUCUGGACUCCCAGUGUAGGACUGCUGCUAGGGGCGGGGGCGGUCUACCUCUUCCACAUGCAGGAGGCCAAGGGCUUAUCUGGGGCUCGGGCUGAGCUCCAGCAUGUGCUGGGAAGGGCAAGGGAAGCCCAGGAUUCGGGCCUAGCGUCUCAGCCAGCCCUGCUCCUAGGGCAGCAGGAGGGGGAUGGAACUGAGGAACAAUAAAGCUUAACACUUUCAUG